AAAGAGGAGGAGCUCAUCCAACUCGCAUUUUCUCAGGCGCCUCAAGACAGCUCAUCUGUUGUUUACCGAGAGUUCGCCUCAGCUGGGCGAGAGGGAGUGUGAGACAGAGAAGGAGAGUCAGAAAGAGAGAGUGAGUGAGAGACAGAGAGGGAGAGUAAGAGAGAGAGUGAGUGAAGUCGAAUAAUUUCACUAAAUAGUCGACAAUGUAGCUUCCAGAGGCGGAAAUCUUCUAGAAAUGUUCACUUCAGCCUCGACCAGCGGAGCUUUCUGAGCCUUGGAGUGGUUUAUAUCACCGCAGCAUGAAGCUAACGAGCAGCCUGGUUGCGUUACUGAUUUGGAUCCUGCGAUGUGUGUCAGCUGGUCUAGCCUGGCCUCCAGGGGCCAGCAGGAACAGAACGGGACGAGAAGUUACCUGCAGAGAAGGCCUAGAGUAUCCACACGCGGGCAUCUGCUGCCUUAACUGCCCAGCUGGUACCUACGUCAAACAGUCCUGUAGCAGAGCUUCUGAGAGAGGGAUCUGUGAGACAUGUGACUUUGGGUCAUACACUGAGCAUGUAAACGGACUGCACAAGUGUUUACCGUGUACCAGUUGUCGUUCAGCAGAUCAGGACCUUGUUGGGCAAUGCACCAGCACCCAAAACACCCAGUGCCAGUGUAAGAAGGGUCUUUUCUGCCUGCCUGAACAAGCCUGUGAGGUCUGCAAGACAUGCAGCAAAUGCGCUGAAGAUGAGGAGGUGGAGAAGAGCUGCACAGCCAGCUCUAACACAGUCUGCAGAAAGAAAAAAGGCUCAGCUCGUUCAUUCAUAGCUGGACCCAUCACUGCUAUGGUGCUCUCCCUCAUGAUUUUGCUGCUCAUGGUCAUCCUGUACUGGAAGGCUCCUACAUGGAGUAAAAGAGCAGUGGCCUCAUGCUGCCCAGGAGGAAUUCUGAUGAAGAAAAGCAGCAGCGACUCUAUGGAGAUGAGACAGAACGGACUGAACGAGGCGCUGGAGGACGGAGUGCCGCUCCAGCCCUUCAUCGUCCAAAGCCCGAGUCAGCCGGUGGGUGCCUGGACCCCUGUCUGUGUGGAUUUGGUGGAGGAAGAGGACCGGGGGCUGGGGGACAGCCUCCCCACCACCACCACCUCCUCCCAAAACAGCCUGUGUGUGUGCGUCCAGCCCAGCGAGCCCUGCCCCGCCCGCUACAGCCCAGCACUGUCCCGCCCGCCUCCCGCUCCGGACAAUGAAAAGCUAAGAAGACUCAUUCCUUUGAACGGGGAUGAAUCGCUGAAGAAGAGCUUCGACCUCUUCGAAGAGAUAGACGUCCACUAUCACAACCGAUUCUUCAGGCUCCUCGGACUCAGCGACAACGCCAUCACGAACGCAGAGUCUCUGACGGUGGCGGAGCGAGUCUACCAGCUGCUGAAGGUGUGGAUGGAGAAAGAAGGGAUGAAGGCGGAUUUCAACACGCUUAUCGAGGCGCUGCUGAGACUCAACCAGAGACUGUCUGCAGAAAACAUCAUCGCCAGAGCCAUCAGUAACGCUUAUUACACAUACGAAGAUGAAUGAAGACUUUUUUUGGGGUGGGGGGGUGUAUUGCCAUAUUGCAUUACUAUGGAUUUUUUUCCAAAUAAUUUAAAUGUGUUUAUUUCGUCUGGUCGAGCACUGUGGCCUUAUUUGAAAAGCAGAUAGUAAUUUAAGUAUUUAUUAUUUUGUACACUGUUCUUUUCUUGAAUGUAAGUCAGCUGAUCAGAACAAACGUUGACGUAGAUGUACUGAACGUAAACCAGCCGACUGAAUGAUCUACUGACUUCUUUACCAGUAACUAUUGUUAUUAGUCAGUGAUGUGAAAACUCACCCGAAGUUCUGACCAACUGUGAGUUAGUUUGAAUUGAUUCUGAUUAAAUUAUGUAAAAUUGCUUAUAUUUGCUGCACAUGCCCCUUUGUUACAGUAUUAAAAUGUUUUUGUGCCUUAUUGCUCAGCACAUGUAUAUUUGAAGCACAAAUAAAGUUAUUUUUUGCUAAGAUCAAA